AUGAAAGAGCCAAAAACAAGGACAGAAAUAGCUAAUUUAAUAAAUGUCACGACAUUUAUUAAAAUUGAUCCAAUAGUGCCACCGGUUCUUCGAGCGAUGACGUCACCAAUCACAAAACCCUUAAACUAUACAACCGUCACCGUCAUGUCGUGUAGAUGUGAAAAGAAUACAACGUUGGAUUUGAUUAUCGGUGGUAAUUGCUUUCUUUCCAGCAAAGAUUUAUCAAAAAUAAUGUGCAGGCAACAUCAAACAAAGGUCAACGGUCAUGUAAUUAUAUCUCAUCCGACGUUUCCACAAUAUUGUCCUUUGCUAAUGAUGGCUUAUCACAUAAUUACUGCACAAACGUCGUGGAAGAGUUCAGCGCAUUCAUAA